GCCCUUUACUCUGAUCCACCGAGUACCUAGCAAACGACACGAUAGUGCAAAGCUCGGCCUGUCAAUCCUCGCACGCACAAAUCUAACAGAGAUGACGACCGGAGAAUGCGAACUGAGGCUGCUCGGCCUAUGGCUAAGCCCAUUCGUGACCAGGGUGAAACUUGCCCUCACCCUCAAGGGCCUGAGCUACGAGAACGUCGAGGAGGACCUCUCCAACAGGAGCGAGCUCCUCCUGAGCUCCAACCCGGUGCACAAGAAGGUGCCCGUGCUCAUCCACAACCGUGCUCCGGUGUGCGAGUCCAUCGUCAUCUUGCAGUACAUCGAUGAGGCGUUCGCCAGCACGGGCCCGUCUCUCCUCCCCUCCGACCCCCACGAGCGCGCCACCGCUCGCUUCUGGGCCGCCUACAUCGACGACAAGCUCGUGGUGCCGUGGGUGCACUCGUUCAGGGGCGAGACGGAGGAGGUCAGGUCCCAGGGGAAGAACCAGAUGCUCGCCGCCGUGGAGACCCUAGAGGGAGCCCUGAGGGAGUGCUCCAAAGGGAAACCUUUCUUCGGCGGCGACGGCGUCGGGCUCGUCGACAUUUCGUUGGGGAGCUUGGUCUCGUGGGUGCACGCUACGGAGGUGAUGUCUGGGAUGAAGAUCUUCGAUCCUGCCAAGACCCCGCUCUUGUCCGCGUGGAUGGAGCGCUUCGACGAGCUCGACGCCGUCAAGGCUGUCAUGCCGGACAUCGGGAGGAUGGUCGAGUUCAAGACGGGGCAGGCAGAAGCUCUCGCUGCCGCGGCAGCUUCACAAAGCAUCGUGGCCUACUCCAUGGAGUUAAUGGCCGGAGCAGGAGACGAGCUGAAGCUCAUUGGUACCUGGGCGAGCCCGUUCGUCUUGCGAGUGAAGCUCGCGCUCAGCUUCAAGGGGCUGAGCUUCCUGGACGUCGAGGAGGAUUUCACCCACAAGAGCGAACUCCUCCUCGCGUCCAACCCGGUGCACAAGAAGGUUCCCGUGCUCAUCCACGGAGACAAGUGCAUCUGCGAGUCGCAGAUCAUCGUGCAGUACAUCGACGAGGUGUUUUGCGGGACCGGAGUCCCUUCUCUGCUCCCUGCCGACCCCCACGACCGCGCAGUCGCUCGCUUCUGGGCCGCCUACAUCGACGACAAGCUCCUGGCAUCGUGGCUGCAGGCAGCGAGGGGCAAGACGGAAGAGGAGAAAGCGGAGGGUUUGAAGCAGACGUUCGCGGCGGUGGAGACCAUGGAGGCGGCAUUCAAGGCGUGCGCCAAGGGAAAGCCCUUCUUUGGUGGCGACAGCGUAGGCUACUUGGACGUGACGCUGGGUGCCCUGGUCGCUUGGGUGCACGCGGGCGCCGCUUUGUACGGCAUGCGGCUCUUUGACGAAGCAAAGAGCCCUCUGCUGGCGGCAUGGGUUGAGAGUUUCGGCGCGCUGGACGCGGCCAAGGCGGUCCUGCCGGACUGCGACAAGCUAGUUGAGUUCGCCAAGAUGAGGCAAGCGCAGGCGGCGGCCGCGGAAGAUAACUAGGCAUGGCAGAACCUGGUGACCCGUGCCGAAGAUCGAAACCAAAGAUGUGGGCAUUUUGGUGCCCUCUGCAGAUUUAUGCAUGCAAUGUUGCUGAUUUUCAUCUUCACUUGCUUUGCCCUUUCAAAUAAAGUUAUAAUGUUUCUACCAACCCGAAUAUGCAAAUGCUUGAAACAAGAGAUCAUUUUGAUACAAGGAAAACAAAACCUAUGAAUUCGGCCCGUAAAAUAAGAAUAGCAGUGUACUCUCUCCGUUCCUAAAUA